CAAAGCCAAACCACCCAUUUCUUGGCUCACAACAACAACUAAAUAAACGUUUUUUUUUUACUUUGCUCCGCACUCAACCGCAAUGGCUGCCUCAACAAUGGCUCUCUCCUCCCCUGCCUUCGCCGGAAAGGCCGUCAAGAUUUCUCCAGCGGCAUCAGAAGUCCUCGGAAGCGGCCGUGUGACGAUGAGGAAGACCGUAGCCAAACCAAAGGGCCCAUCAGGCAGCCCAUGGUACGGAUCCGACAGAGUCAAGUACUUGGGUCCAUUUUCCGGCGAGCCACCAAGCUACCUCACCGGCGAGUUCCCCGGAGACUACGGAUGGGACACAGCCGGUCUCUCAGCCGAUCCUGAGACAUUCGCAAGGAACCGUGAGCUAGAAGUUAUCCACUCCAGGUGGGCCAUGCUCGGAGCCCUAGGCUGCGUCUUCCCGGAGCUGCUGGCCAGGAACGGAGUCAAGUUCGGAGAGGCGGUUUGGUUCAAGGCCGGUUCACAGAUCUUCAGUGAAGGAGGACUCGACUACUUGGGAAACCCAAGCUUGGUUCACGCUCAGAGCAUUCUUGCGAUUUGGGCCACUCAGGUGAUCUUGAUGGGAGCCGUUGAAGGUUACAGAGUCGCCGGAAAUGGGCCGUUGGGAGAGGCCGAUGACUUGCUUUACCCAGGUGGCAGCUUCGACCCAUUGGGCCUAGCUACCGACCCAGAGGCCUUCGCUGAGCUGAAGGUGAAGGAGCUCAAGAACGGGAGAUUGGCUAUGUUCUCUAUGUUCGGAUUCUUUGUUCAAGCCAUCGUCACCGGUAAGGGACCGUUGGAGAACCUUGCUGACCAUUUGGCCGAUCCAGUCAACAACAACGCUUGGGCCUUCGCCACCAACUUCGUUCCCGGAAAGUGAGCGACUUUUAUCUGUAUUUUGCUUCAGUGUUUGCUUCGUGUGAGUGCAAGAGGAGAAAGAGUGGUUGUUUAGAUGUAUAAUUUGCAAGUAAUAGCUCUUUUUUCUCUCAACUCGUAUCUUUGAAGUAAAUGGAAUUGGAUUUAUGUUCUAAGGUUCA